UCUUAAGCGGCAUAAUCUGGAUCAGUUUGAAAAACAUGUGAGAUUGGAAAACACAAAACUGGAUUUGAAGUAAUUAUUUCUGUACACUAUAGUCAUCGAUCACAAUGUUCGGACAAGUUGUGAUUGGUCCUCCAGGAUCUGGGAAGACAACUUACUGUCUUGGCAUGUCCGAGUUCCUCACCUCCCUGGGUAGAGAGGUCGCUGUUAUCAACCUAGACCCAGCCAAUGAGCAUCUCCCUUUCAAAUGCGCUUUGGAUAUCGCAGAUUUGGUGAAGCUUGAGGAUGUGAUGGAAUUAUUAAAACUUGGACCCAAUGGUGGACUGAUAUAUUGCAUGGAGUACCUGGAGAAAAACAUUGACUGGCUCAAAAAGGAACUUGAGAAAAUAGGAAAUAAAUACCUGUUGUUUGACCUACCUGGACAGGUGGAGUUAUACACACACCAUAACUCAGUGAGGAACAUUGUCACCCAGCUACAGAAAUGGGACUACAGGCUGGUGGCAGUCCAUCUCGUAGACUCACAUUAUUGCAGUGAUGCUUCCAAGUUUAUCUCUGUCCUAUUAACAUCCCUGUCCACCAUGCUACAGCUUGAACUACCUCAUGUUAAUGUUUUGUCUAAAUGUGAUCUUAUACAAAAAUAUGGCAAGCUUUCUUUUAACCUGGACUUCUAUACAGAAGUGCUUGACCUGACCUACCUUCUGGAUCAGUUUAAGAAUGAUGCACAGUUCCAUAAGUACAAGAAGCUGAACACAGCUCUGGUAGACAUCAUAGAGGAAUACAGUCUUGUCUCCUUCAUCACACUCGAUGUUCAGGAGAAAGAGAGCAUGCUGCGGGUUAUGAAGGUCGUGGACAAAGCCAAUGGCUACCUGUUUGGUGACCUUGAGGAGCGUGACCUUCAGUCCCUGAUGUCCUGUGCCGUUGGGGCCGAGUUUGAAUAUGAAAAGAUCAAAGAUGUUCGUGAAAAAUACAUGGAUGUGUCCAGUGAGCCCACAGAUAUGUCAGAUGAUGAUUUGGCACAAGGUGUAGGGUCAUAACAUACUAUAUCAGUGACUGUAGGAUCAUAAGCAUAGUAUAUCAGUGACUGUAAGGUCAUAGCAUACUAUAUCAGUGAUUGUAGGGUCAUAUCAUAGUAUAUCAGUGAUUGUAGAGUCAUAGAAUACUAUAUCAGUGAUUGUAGGGUCAUAGAAUACUAUAUCAGUGAUUGUAGGGUCAUAGCAUAGUAUAUCAGUGAUUGUAGGGUCAUAGCAUACUAUGUCAGUGAUUGUAGGGUCAUAUCAUAGUAUACCAGUGAUUGUAGGGUCAUAGCAUACUAUACCAGUGAUUGUAGAGUCAUAGCAUACUAUAUCAGUGAUUGGAGGGUCAUAGCAUACUAUAUCAGUGAUUGUAGGGUCAUAUCAUAGUAUAUCAGUGAGUGUAGAGUCAUAGCAUACUAUAUCAGUGAGUGUAGGGUCAUAGCAUACUAUAUCAGUGAUUGUAGUGUCAUAUCAUAGUAUAUCAGUGAUUGUAGAGUCAUAGAAUACUAUAUCAGUGAUUGUAGGGUCAUAGAAUACUAUAUCAGUGAUUGUAGAGUCAUAGCAUAGUAUAUCAGUGAUUGUAGAGUCAUAGCAUACUAUACCAGUGAUUGUAGAGUCAUAGCAUAGUAUAUCAGUGAUUGUAGAGUCAUAGCAUUCUAUAUCAGUGAUUGUAGUGUCAUAGCAUACUAUAUUAGUGAUUGUAGAGUCAUAGCAUACUAUAUCAGUGAUUGUAGUGUCAUAUCAUAGUAUAUCAGUGAUUGUAGAGUCAUAGCAUGCUAUAUCAGUGAUUGUAGGGUCAUAGCAUAGUAUAUCAGUGAUUGUAGGGUCAUAGCAUACUAUGUCAGUGAUUGUAGGGUCAUAUCAUAGUAUACCAGUGAUUGUAGGGUCAUAGCAUACUAUAUCACUGAUUGUAGGGUCAUAGCAUACUAUAUCACUGAUUGUAGGGUCAUAGCAUACUAUAUCACUGAUUGUAGGGUCAUAGCAUACUAUAUCAUUGAUUGUAGAGUCAUAGCAUACUAUAUCAGUGAGUGUAGGGUCAUAGCAUACUAUAUCAGUGAUUGGAGAGUCAUAGCAUACUAUAUCAGUGAUUGGAGAGUCAUAGCAUACUAUAUCAGUGAUUGUUGGGUCAUAGCAUACUAUAUCAGUGAUUGUAGUGUCAUAGCAUACUAUAUCAGUGAUUGUAGUGUCAUAUCAUAGUAUAUCAGUGAUUGUAGGGUCAUAGCAUACUAUAUCAGUGACUGAACAUAUCUCAUAAUGUUCCUCAUUAUCACUAAGACAUAAUAUGAGCUGCUAUUAUCUUGGGAGAUAUACAUGUACAUCUUAAACAUUGUCUUGUAUGAUGUCAUUGGUUACGAUAAUAUGUAAUUGCUGACAAAGUAUUCUUCCUCUAAAUGACGUUACCAACUACUUAAGCUUGGUAUCAUAAAGGUUUUUGACAUUUUGCAUGUACUAUAUUUAUGCAUUGAAUUGUGUGUUAUGACAUUUACAGUUUGUAUGAAUGUCCCAGCUUUGCAGGCAACAUCAUAUCUUCAUCCAGUAUCUACAUGUAUGUGUUUCUGUGAAUUCAAUACAUUUGACUUUACAUUUAAUAAGAUCAUUUCCAUUAUCAGUGUUAACAAAGUUGACUGGAAAGCAACGGUUCUAUUCUGUUGAUAUUCAUUCAAUAAUAAAUGAACAUGUGUAUUGAAAACAUAUCCUAGUGAGGUUUGUUUAUUUUAGGAGUUAUUU